AUGGGAUCAAGUGCUUCCAAACCAGAAACUAAAGUGUUUACUCCAGCAACACCAAUCGACUUCAGUGCUUCAUUUUUGUCACAAUUGGAAAAUACUCCGGAGUCCGAAUACUCCCGUGCUCAACAUACCGAAAAAUACAUUCAAGAAAGAGUAGCAGCCGAGUUAUCCAAGUUAGAAAGCCAAACCAUUGCUCAAUUCCAAAAUACUACAAACAGCGCAUUGUUAACUGAUGACGAUAAGACCACAGCUUUGCCAUCUGUGGCUGCAUUGAAUGAGAAAAUCGCCAAAUUAACCCAAGUAUUACAAGAAAACGCCAAAUUAGCUAAAAUUGAGGUUCCAUCUACAAUCGCCGCCUCCAGAGAGGCAGUUAUCUCGUGUUUAAAGGAAAACCAAGGAAAAAGCUUGAAUUGUUGGGAAGAAGUGGAAGUAUUUAGAAAACUAGUUAAGGAAUUAUAA